GCUUCAAUUUUUCAAAAGAAGUUAAGGCAAGAUGAGGAAUCAUUUGCUUUUCUUGGGAGUCCUGGCCAUUUUUGUUAAAGCUGUUCUUGUGACAGCCCAACACGAAGAUGAGAAGAUUGUCCUUGUUGACAACAAAUGUCAGUGUGCAAGGGUUACUUCCAGGAUCAUCCCUUCUGAAGAAGAUCCGAGCCAGAGUAUUGUGGAAAGAAACAUCCGAAUUAUCGUUCCUCUGAACUCCAGGGAGAAUAUCUCUGAUCCCACCUCGCCGUUGAGAACCGAAUUUGUGUACCGUUUGUCUGAACUCUGUAAGAGAUGUGACCCCGUAGAAGUGGAACUGGACAAUCAGGUGGUUACUGCCACGCAGAGCAACUUAUGUGAUGAAGAACCCGAGACCUGCUAUACUUACGACAGGAACAAGUGCUACACUAACAGAGUCCCCCUGACCCACGGUGGUAAGACCUACAUGGUGACAACAGCCCUGACUCCUGAGUCCUGUUAUCCUGACUAA